AUGCCGAUUGGCAUCCAGCGGCUUAAUGCGAGACGGUCGCACCCAAAUGACCGGAUCGUCUUCAUCAAGCCUUUGAAAGGAGUCGAUGAAAAGAUUGCUCAGGAUUUCCUUGAAAGAAUAGCAGCUCAAUGCUUGCCGAUCAUGAGAGAGCACCACCUUUCUGUGAUGUCCUUGGAGGAGUACGAGCCAAACCGGGAAUUCGUCGGAAGAAACUUCAAUGCUGGUGAAAUCAUACAGCUGGUACUAAAGUCGCGGUCAGGGCGAUGGUUGCCGUUUGAGUACGUUCAAAUGGUGAUGAUGCAUGAGCUGGCGCAUUGCAAACAGAUGAACCAUUCCAGAGCCUUCUGGGCAGUGAGGAACCAAUAUGCCGAUCAGAUACGAGGACUCUGGCAGCGAGGUUACUCUGGCGACGGUAUUUGGGGCCGUGGCGUCCAGCUGGGAACUGGGCAGUUUCAGAACAAUGUCGCACUUCCCAAUGAGCCGCUUCCAGAGCACCUCUGUGGCGGCACAUAUCGAUCUCGCGGUCGCAAGAGGAAGAUCAAGCCCAAGCUGUCCUACAGGGAGCAGAAGGAGCGUCGGAUCCUCAAGAAGUUUGGCGCCAACGGUGUUGCACUUGGAGCGGAUGAAGGAACCAAGGCCAAGCUGGAGGGCGGCAAGCGCACGAAAGCGAAACCUCGCGUGGCCGGAAGUGCCCGAGGACGUGAGUUGCGGGCAGCGGCAGCACUCGCACGGUUUGACCAGGAAAAGAAGGAGCGCGAAGACGACAUCAAAUUCGAGGUCAAAGAUGAGGACGACAGCGACGAAAGCGAGUACGAAGACGACCCUGCGGACGUCAAGAACGAGGAUGCCGUCGACAUUGAUGGAAAACCCAUCACUGACGGUAAAGGUCGAGGCAUGAUCAAGGUUUGCGAGGACGAGAACCCGGAUGAUCUGGAUGCUCAGAACGAGCUCCAGGAGUUGCAAAACUCAGUACAACAAUGGCGGCAGACACAUCUUAAUUUCAAAUGCAAGGGGGACACCGCCGAUGCUACUGCGCCAAAUAACCGAGUGGGACAGCCCGCGCAAGACAAUGGGCACUUUUCUCAAGCACCAAAGCAAUUGGUACCGCCUCGAACCAGGAUCAAGAAGGAGGAAGAGGAUGCCGAUCAGGUGGCCCCAAUUUCCAACGUCGCCAGUGCAGCCCCCGUAAUCAAGAGAGAAGCAGAGGAUGCAACCUGUUUACUAGCACCACACCCUCCAAUACCGGCGAAUGACACAAUAUCGCAGUCAGCCACGGGAGAAACAACUCAGUCGAAUACAGUGUCAACAGAAACGGCGGCGCCCACUGAGGGAGAAGUUGUCUGCGGAGUUUGCUCCUUUGCAAACACGGCCUUGUCGAUAACGUGCGCUGUGUGCUCACACGUAUUGGACGCGGCGAGCGUGCCGGACGCCUGGCGAUGCCGGAGCGCCGCGUGCCAGGGUAGCGAGUAUCUCAACCCCGGUGAUUUUGGAGUCUGUGGAAUUUGCGGACAGAGCAAGAAGCAAAUUUGA